UAGCAGACAACAGAGUGCAAAUAACAACGCCGCCGUGAACAGGGUGGCGCUGUAGCUAUCAACCGUAAUCAACCCACUGUUUCAUCAUCUACCCACCACCACCACCAUGGACGGGCGAAACUACAACUACAUUCCACCAAGCGCAUUAAACCUCCAUCAAAACCUCAAUCCACCACCUCAUUUCAUCACCGGAGAUCGUACAACCACCGCCGUACGCCACCGUGAACUCGAACCGCUACUUUUCGAGAACCACCGAUUAACGGAACAGCACGUUUUGCUGUCACAACAACUCUCCGCCGCGCGGCAGGAGCUCCGCCACCUUUCCGCCGCUGCGGUGAAGGUGAAGGCGGAGAGAGACGCGGAGACGCGUGAGGUUUACGAUAAGGCGGUGAAGAUGGAGGCUGAGGUGAAGUUGGUCGGUGAAUCGACUGCUAAAUUGGUUGAAACUCUUUGUGAGUUGCGGAAAUUGAGGUCGGAGAAGGAGGAGCUUGAUGAGAAGUUGAAGAAGGUUCGUGAUGACGUGGAUAAUGUUUCCGAUGAGUGGAAGCAGGUUCCGGUGGUGAAAUCAGAGAUUGAAGCGAUGCAGAAAGAGAUUCAAAGAGGAAGGGAAAUAAUUGAGCAUGAGAAAAGAGUGCAUGCCAGUAACAUUAAACAAAGUGAGGCAAUGGAGAAUUAUAAGAUCUUAAUGGCUGAUGAAAUCAAGAAGCUCCAGGUGGAAGUUGUUGAUGCAGGGAAAAGAGCAAGGGCGGCAGCUGCAGCCGAAGCAGGUCCAAGGUCGACUUGAUCCCCCUGAUAUUAUUAUGGAAGCAUAGUUUUUGGUUACUGAUUUUAUAUUACAGAAGUAUACCGUAAUGCAUAUGGUAUAUAAUAUAUUUUUGAACGUUUAGAUUUUGGUUUUGGAAUCAAGUAUCUAGAAUUAUCUUGGUAUUUUUAAA